UGGCAACACUGACCAUUUCUAGUGAAAACAAAAUCAAAUUCACUUUAUUUUUAUUUUCUAACAUUUCUCCUUCGAAAAGAUUUUGGAAAAACGUCUUAAUAAUCAACAAUUUUUCAUAAAUAUUAUAAUAUUAAUGACGCUUCUGUCUGCACUCAUUUACAACAGUCGGAAGUGAAGUAAUUGAUAACAGGGAAAGCUCAACUUUCUAAAUUCAAAGGAGAGUGGUUUUACAGCAAUUUCACUUCCUUUGCUCUAAUCGCAAAGCGUUUAAAACGGUUAUUAUGGAGUUUACAUUGGAAAUAUGGUUGUGGAUAACGAUUGCCGUUUUGGCGCAUGUUGGUGUGUACGUGUUCGUGAUGCGUAAGCGACCAAAAAUGCUGGUUGGUCGUCAUGUGGUUGUUACGGGUGGUUCACGCGGUAUUGGACUUUGCCUGGCUGUGGAAUGCGCAAUGAAGGGAGCCAAUGUCACCGUGAUUGCACGCGAUGAAAAACUACUGAGUGGUGCUGUGGCGUUAAUGGAAGUCAUACGUCAAGUUCCUGAACAAAAAUUUCAGUACCGUUGCUUAGAUAUUGCCUCUAAUUAUGACGAUGUCGCAAAUGCUCUAGCUGAAAUGGAAAAAGCGUUUGGAGAUAUCUAUAUGUUAGUCAAUUGCGCUGGUAUGGCGAUUUGCGGCGUAUACGAGGAUGUAUCUGUAGAGGAUGCGCACAAGCUAAUGGAUGUAAAUUACUGGGGAAGUUACAAUUGCACACGCUAUGUAUUGCCAAAAAUGAAGCAAGCGCGCGAAGGUAUCAUUGUGUUCACCUCAUCGCUGGCAGCUCUGUUUGGCAUUUAUGGCUAUGGACCGUAUACCGCCUCAAAAUACGCUGUGCGUGGCAUGGCCGAGACGAUCGCAAUGGAAACGCGUCAUCUGGGUAUAUUAGUCACACUAGCAUUGCCAGCGGACACUAAAACGUCUGGUUUUGAAAACGAACAGAAAACCAAACCAAAGGAAACACAAAUUAUAUCCGGUGGCGGAGGCUUGGCCGAACCGCAGCAAGUGGCAAAAUGUAUUCUUCACGAUGCUUUGCGAGGUAAUUUUAUAUCGAUUUUGGGUGCUGAAAGCUGGUUCCUUACUCUACUAGGAGGUGGACUCUUCCGUUGGGGCGGUUUCUUUCAAAACAUUAUACAUGCCCUUUUAUUGGGUCCACUGCGAAUUGUUGGGUGCUUUUUGCAUUUGCAUUUCGAACGGAUCAUCAAGAAUUGUGCAAAAGAAAAGAAGGAAUGAUGGGGG